AUGCCCGGGUCAGGCGGAACACACAGCGUACCACGCACGAAGCUGUUGGGGGGUGAGGGACUCACGCGGGCGACGCUGGAGCUGCAUCUGGCCACGCCAGGAGCAGCAGUAGCAGUAGAAAGAGCAGCAGCAGUAAGAGCAGCAGUAACAGCAGUACGGGCAGGGCAGUGCUCACCAGUGGCGAGAAGGGCAGGCAGGACGGCUGCUGCAGUGGCGGCUGCUCCAGGGGCGGCUGCUACAGUGGCGGCUGCUCCAGGGGCGGCUGCUGCAGUGGCGGCUGCUCCAGGGGCGGCUGCUGCAGUGGCGGCUGCUCCAGGGGCGGCUCGGCUGCUGGGCGACUCGGCGGCUCAGCUGCUGGGCGGCUCGGCGGCUCGGCUGCUCGCUAGGGGCGGCGACGGGGCCGGGUAG